AUGGCGACUCGUGGAGGAAUCAUCCUCCUACUCCUCGUCGCUGCUGUGCAAGGAGCACAGUACCGUUUUGAGGGACGAAUCGGCCAUGAGAUUCCAACAGAUGGCGCAAGACUUUCCGAGCGCCGAGCCAGCGUACUCCUCGAAAAGCAAGAUCUCGCCAAGCAACGGUUUGUCGAGGUCCUCGGGGACUCUUUGAUCUCGUUCCAGUUGGAACAAAUCCAAAUCCAUGGAGCACAGGUGAAUGAUCCAUUGGCUGUUCUCGUCGGCUAUUUCGAGUCACCCCUCUCCAGAGCCGAGCUUUCCACUAUCUUCCGGCAGAAAGAAGCCGUCGUGACGCUUUUCCACCUUGCAGAAGUUGGUGUCGUUCCCCCGAUCGAGUAUGAAGAUGAGGCCGUCGGAGCCCCAGUUGCUUUCUGCCGUAAUGGAGGAGUUCUAUUCCCCAACGCUACCUGCGCGUGUCCAUCAUUCUAUUCUGGCGAUAGCUGCGAGGUCCACAACUGCGCCAAUGGUGGUGUCUUGGACACUAAAGGAAAAUGCAACUGCCCGCCCGGAUUCCAGAGUGAACAUUGUCAAGCCCGCUCUUGCACCCCUGGCGUCAACGACAACUACGAUUUUACCCAAGGCACCCUCUACUACACAAUCUCCACACGAGCUGAAACUAUGGGUCAAGAUCUAGACUAUAUCAUCACCAAUACCCGUGCCUUGGUCAGCUCCUUGAACUCGCUGUACAACAACUAUUACGGGACAUUUGUACUCACGACCUUUGUUCAAACCGCCCAGGGCGGUACCUACAUGAAAACUGAUGGCUUCAGCAACCAAUCUUUGUUUUUUGCGGCUAUGGAUAAUAUUCAAGCAGCCUCUGGAACCCCCACGCAACCAUUGAUCACCGCAAUGGCACAGACCGUUACUAGCUACCCCAACCAGCGUGGACGUAGUUUCCUUUAUCUGUUUGCGGAUUCUGAAGCUAAUGAUUAUGUCACGAUCAGCCAUAGCAUCAAUGAUCAAAGCAUUCAAGCCAAGCUGGUCAACUAUCUGAUGAGCUGGAGGAUUCACCCACAAUACAUUUUGACGGCUUCUACUGGGCAGUAUCCAACAAACUCUCAAAGCUGGACGACUUUGCUCUGGAUUGCUGAAGCCGCCCACGGCGAUGCAUAUCUUAUCCCGAAAUCCCAAAAUGGCAUUGGAAGGGUCCUGGUCAACACCCUGGAAUGGCACAUCAAUGCUGAGAAUUUCUACGUUGCAAAUGCCAUCCUCUGCAAGAGCAUUUCGAUCACCCCUCCCAAUUCGACCUUCCACUUAAAUUUGUACAACCCAGUCGUGAAUGCCACCGUCACGUACACCAACGGAACAACCGUGCAGCCUAGAACGGCGCAGAGCACUGGGAAUUUGAAACAAUAUGAGAUCCAGAAUACUCUGGGCAACAUCAAAUCUAUUAAUGUCGCGGCAAGCGAUUCCGAUUAUUGUGGAGCCAGAGCCUAUGUUAGCUCAAAAGUCGCCGUACUCAAUGCCUUUACCUACGAUGGUAACUUUGAUAAUGGUGACGUCAGGGUCGUUCAGGGUUUACCGCUGAUCCACAACGUCCUCGUCGUUGGCAAAAACGUCUUGGAAUUGACAAUCCCGUGGACACCUAUCGCCGCCAAUGACACGGCCAAUCAGGGCAGCCUGGAACAGAUAAAGAAGAGAACCAACUUCAACGAUUGCACAUUUGCUUGGACCAUCCCAAGCGCGUAUGCCUGCACCCCCGGCCCGUUCACCUCUCAAUUCAACAUCGAUGGUGAAAUCCAUCUGGUGCCGAACUAUUGCUAUUCUGCCCCCGCCGUCACCCCAGCCGCCUUGAAAUGCUUGAAUGGAGGUGUUGUGGCCAAUAAUGCAUGCAAUUGCACUGCAAACUACCAAGGAAAUGUUUGCCAGACUCCAAUCUGCGUGAAUGGCGGUACAGCUAAUGUUUUUGCCGGCAAUGGCCAACCUAUUUGCGUGUGCCCUCCAGGCUACAGUGGAACGUUCUGCGAUGCUUUGAUUUGCAACCGUACCAGCGGUGAUGAUAUCGACGCCACUCGCCGCUCAUUCGGUGUUGCUAUCCAGAACGAUUUUGCUAGCGCUCACACCAUCAGCUAUCUUCAAUCUCUGCUCGGCCAAGUCGUCAAUGGUUCAGCGCCCGGCUACUACAUUGAAUAUGUUCUAACCCAAUUCCGCUCUACUAGUGCCGGGCCAGUAAUCCGCUCGGAAAACAUCAAGCUGGCUGACGUUUUCAAGAAUGAAACCGCCUCGUUGCAAUUCACCCGCGCUUCCGGACGCAACAAUUCCGUAUACUCGGCGCUGAUCACGACACUGCUUGCCAUGAGCAAACCACGAUCCGCCAUUUACGCCUUCGUGAAUGAGGCCAGCUCUGGUGAUGGAAACAAUACGCUCGCUGUUGUCAAGGAGCUAGCCAUCGCCCGUCAGAUGCGCAUCAACGUUGUGCUGAUCUCAAAAUAUGGCGAUAUCUCCAGUUGCGUAACUCUUGACGAUGCCAAUGUCUAUCAAGAUUUGGCGAUGGCGACUGGUGGUGUUCUGGUCGAUCUCUGCCGCGACGACACAAAUAUUACCAGUGCUUUCAAUUUCCUCAGCUACUACAUCACCAAGCACGACUAUCUCACCGAAGUGGCCGCAUUGCGCGUCGAAUCCUGCAAAGAUCCAAUCCAACUCGGCUAUAAGAAGAUGCUGCCAGACCAAAAAUUCUUCAUCAUUGCCAAUUCAAUCAGCACAACCACCGGGUUCACGGUGACGGUGAGCAAUGGAUCGAACAUUGUGCUACCUUCAAUGUCGAGCAUUCCAUCUCUUGGUGUUUACGAACCUGGAGAUCUAUCUGGAGACGUGCAAAUCACUGUCGGCAAUGGAGGAGACGUGUGCUCGGUGUACGUUUUGGAACAGACACCACUUUCGGCUUUUAUUACGUUUGCUACUGAUCCCUCAUCGGAUUCGUCUUUCGCCAAUCCUCAGCUCCAAGCUCCACUGUACCCAGCUGUUCGUCUAUCGACGUCCCUUCAGAGCAGGCCGAAAGUCACAAUUACAGCAACCGAAAAGGAUUUCCCGCUCUUCAAGUUCCAACAACAAUUGAUCACCCGCCAGGAUUCAUGCCUUUACGAUCAAUAUUCCACGGCUCCUUUCGCUUGCACCAAGGCCAACGAUGAGUUCUUCAUUACGGUCACUGUCGAAACCUCGGAUAUUACUCUCAACCGUGUGGUGCGGGCCUUCUGCCGAACCGACAAGACAACAUGUCUGAACGGCGGAACCUACGAUGAUAAGACUGCCAAAUGCGUUUGCCUGCCAAACUACAGCGGUGACAACUGUGAAAAUAAGAACUGCCAGAAUCAAGGGAAUUUGACGAUGGGAAUCUGCGUGUGUCCGGCAUUGUUUGGCGGAGAGUUCUGUGAAUAUGCCAUGUGCACAAGCUGGGACUACUAUUUGGCCCAUGACCCGAGAACGGCAAACUUCCGAACGGUUGCUUUUGGAGUUGAAACGACGACGGCGAAUAAGGCGGCGGGAAAAGCCUUCGCUGCCAAGAUUAUGUCAGUCAUGGCCGAAAUCGCGCAAGAUGACUUCAGCACCCAAUAUGCACUUGUUACCUAUGAUGAUCAAGGUAUCACCCGAAACAUUAUCACCCCGGACUCGCUCCGCUUCUCGAACUAUGUCAACAACCUUUUAAUGGCUGAUGCAACCUACAAGGAUGCAUCCGCGAUGAUCCGAACCGAUCUCGCCAUUUCUGCGCUUCAUGGUAUGACCUCAGCACCUGCUGCCCAGAAUCCAUCUAUCAUCAUCAUUAUCACGGCUUCGAACACCAACAAAGCAUCGGCUAAGGCUGAUCUCAAGCCGAGAGAAGGCACCCAGAUUAACUUCAUCUACACCGCUACCAGCCCAUCCCUGGAUGUGACUGUACCUAACUUUGACUACCUCAACACCGUUGCCUACCAAAGCGGUGGCCGUUUCUUGCCCAUGACUGUUUCCAGCCUGGCCAAUAACGCUGAACGUCUAAUCGGCUCGAUGCUUCGAGCACACGCCCUGGUCUCUGAUGCUGCGACUAUCGACUGCUCGAAGGGACUUUCGCUUACGGUCUCUGUGGAAUCCGUGGCUACGGAAUUGUACAUCGAUGUUGCUGGGCUGAAUGCAGCCACUGGAGUGGCGCUCAUUGAUGGCGCUGGCAAGAAGGUAACACUCAAUCAAAACAACACUCUGUCCAGUGAUAUCGGAUCGGCUGUUUAUCUAUUCCGCAAUAAUGAUACCGGUGUUACCUUGGUCGGAAAAUGGAACAUCAGCAUCUCCGCCGCUACGAAGAGAUGUCAGAUUCAAGCACGUGUUCGCUCUCCAAUCCAAGUGGCCGCUGGUUUCACGGAAGACCUGCACAGCGAUUAUCCAGAUUCUCAACCCAGCUUCCAAGGAGCUACCAAUCUCAAUAUCAAAAAUUCAUCCAUCUACGUGACCGGCCAAAUUGCUAAUAUCGACAGACAGAAUGGGGCCAUGAUUCAAGGAAUCGAUGUUGCUACCAAGGACGUCUACAAUGGAAGUCUGGUUAGCGGCCUCUCCGUGCGUAUGAACCGACGAUACCCUUAUGGCUGCUCACAUCAAUUCAUCAGCGAAUACUUUGUCCUGGACAAGACCAACCACGAUUACCAAAUCAUUUUCCGCGGUGUUGAUAGCAAUGGAACGGACUUUUCACGCACAGCUAUUUACACGAUUACCCAAUUAUCCUUCAACGAAAAUCCAUGCCACAAAGGCGGUAACCUAACCUCGUUCGGUUUUUGCAACUGUGACGCGAAUCAUUGGGGCAUGACUUGCGAUUAUCCGAUUUGUCAAAAUGGUGGUACCAUUGUCGGAAUGGCAUGCUUAUGUCCUGUAUCUUACUAUGGAACUUACUGCGAAAAGUAUAUUAGUAACCUGGAAACUUCUGUGCUUGAACACCUCGAACAUAAUAAAAAGGAGUCGAUCAAAAGUGCGGAAGAAGCCAACGACAAAAAUUCGAAUGCUCCAAAACGGAUAGAAUUCAUUCGUGAAGGGCGCUUACAAGAGAUUGAAGCUUUCAAGAGUCAGGCUCGUCAUAUUGCCGAUAAUGCACGAGUUGAACUCCUAAAGGCGGUUUUGGACCAGAACGAGACGGCCGAUGAAAAAUAUUUGGAGCAGCUCGAAGAAAGUGGAUCGUUUGUCGAGAAGAGUAGUGCUGAAGAGAAAGCUGAGAAGGUGGGAAAGGAAAAUCCUGACGAGGAAGAGGAGGGUGGCGUUGAUUUUACCGGCUUUGGACAGCCAAGGAGUGAUGUGGAGGAAGGAAUUGCUGGUGAUGAAGCGGCUCCAGCUAUGGAUGAAUUUUCGCAGGGAACGUCAGACUACGGACGAUUUAAGCAACGGUCCGCCGAAGUGAUUGAUGACGCCCCCGCGACAAGCGACGAAGAGGCAGUA